CUUCAUCCUCACAAAAAAAAAAAAACAGAAAACGAAGGCCAGAACAGUUCAAUUCAGAACUUCAGAUCAAACCGUCGUCGUCUUCAUCUGUCACCGUUGCGCCAUCCAUCUCCUCCCCGCGUACAUAUACUUGGAGAACUGAGUUCGAUGCUAAGGCUAGGAGAGAAUUUGACAAAAAAGCUGGGGACCGACUUAGGGGCACAUUGAACCAAGUUUACAAAAUGCCUCUCCAUAAGGAAGUUAGUUUCAUGACUGACAAUGUUCGAGCUGAAUUCAUAAAUAAGCGUAAGCAUCCUGAUUUUCUGAAACGUUCUAACCAAGCAAGAGAUAAUCGGUUAUCUGGCCAAACAUUAGAGAAGUUUGACCUUGGCCAUCGCCAAGGUAGCAUAUCUACUCCUCAAGUGGUUAAAAAAAUGGCAAAGAAAAAGGAUGGAAUUUUACCAACUGCUGCUGAAGUUUAUGAGAGCACUCAUUCUGUUUUUGUGGCCAAUGAUGAAGUUGAAUUGAUGGGUGACAAGUCUCAAAAAGUCAUGGGAGAAUAUAUGGAAAAACUUGAGGAAUAUAAGAACAAAGGAAUUGAGAUAAACCCCGACAAAGUCUAUUUGGAGGUUGUAGGUGGGCAAAAGAAAGGAAAAGUCUACGGUUUAGGGAGUGCUUCACAAAUGUAUUACAAGAGUGAUCCUACUUCUCAAUCUACUGCAUCAUCUUCCACUCCUUCCAUGAUUUUUCAAUUAAGUUCUCAAGUUGACGAACUAAAGAAGAUGGCGGAAAAAACCAUAACAAGGUAGAAUAAAGCCAAAAAAUAGCGGCAGAGAGCUUAAAAUGUGCUAAGGAAUUCGUCGAAAAUCAUGAGAUCGAAAAAGCUACAUGGAAGAAGGAAAAAUUAGCUAUGCAAAAAAUAAUGCAGGAAAUGGCAUCACUUGUAAAACAAGUUUACCGUCCUUAUAAGCCUCCUACGCCUGCAGUCACCCGCUCUCGUGAUACAACUAAGUGAUUUUUAUUUUCUUGGUGGUAAUUUUAUGAACAACUGGUCUUUUACAUUGUCAUUAAUUCUUGUUUGAAGUAGCUUUUUUUUAUAUGGGAGGUGACUUUUGGAACAAUUAGUCUAAUGAGUUAAAUAUUGUUUUUUAAUACAUUGAUACAAAAUUGAUUGAUAUUUUGGAUAUUUGAAUAAAAUUAACAUUUUGGUUAUUUGAA